AUGAAAAAGCUCUGGGUGAUUGGAACUCAAACCAUUAAAACCAAAUUAGGAAAGGCUGAGCAAACGGAAGAUGAUGAAUUCUCAAUGCUCCAUAACAAAUUCAAAGCAUCUGAAAAGGCUUCUGAAAACUUUGUAAAACAUACAAAUCAAUUGAUUGAGAAUUUCCAUGCCUUUUCUACUACAUUGGCCUUUUUAGCUGAAGAUUUUCGUGAUGUGAAUACUCAAAAUUCACCAAAAAUAGAACAAGCAGGUGCAGUUUUAGAAAAGGUCGCCAAAUCAGUCGAAACCAACUGUGUGUUGCCUUUCCAGAGCAAUGUCACCGCCAAUGUAGCAACUCCCGCCAAUGAAUACUAUGUCCUUUUUGAACCUACAAAGAAACUAUUUAAGGAAAGAAAAGAUAUUACUUUACAAUAUGAUUAUUAUAGACAACAAGUUGAAAAGUUGAGUGAAAAACAAUCAAAGAAUCCUCUUGAAUUACCCAAGGCUAAAGAGAAGAUGAAUACUUUUAAAGAAAAGUGGGAAGAAAUUAACUUGCAAUGCAAACAACACAUUCUUGAUAUUCUUGAAAAGGAGCAAGGUGUAUUUGAGCCUGCUAUUCAACAAUUAUGUGCUAAUUUAUUGGAAUGGAAUUCAAAAUUGGCAACUUGUAUGGCAGAAUUGAAGAAUCAUUCGACUACAUUGAUUGUUUCUCCAAUCUCAGCAAGUAGUAGCAGUAGUAGCAGCAGCACUACUCAAUCGACUCAUGUGGAUCUCAAGAGUGGUAGUACUGCAACAAGAUCUCAAUCUGUUAUGGGUAGUAGUAGUAGUUCUGCCAUUCCUCCUGCAUUUGAUUGUGAAUGGUUCUAUGUGGAUUCCAAUGUUGAGACUCAAGGACCAGUGUCAUUCAGAGCCAUGCAACAAAAAUUCAAGAGUGGUGAGAUUAAACCAGAUACUCAUGUGUAUGGUGGUGAUUUGACUGAUUGGGUUCAGAUUAGAACUGUGGCUGGAUUAGAGCAAGCUUUGAAACAAUAA